AUGAAGGCACUUAUUCUUGUUGGAGGUUUCGGUACUCGUCUUAGACCCCUCACCCUCACUCUUCCCAAGCCUCUUGUUGAAUUCGCCAACAAGCCCAUGAUCCUUCAUCAGAUUGAAAGCUUAGCAAAGGCUGGUGUAACUGAUAUCGUCUUGGCUGUCAAUUAUCGCCCUGAAAUCAUGGUGGCUGCCUUAAAGGAAUAUGAAGCUAUUUACAAUGUUAAAAUCACAUUUUCUGUUGAAACAGAGCCAUUAGGGACAGCUGGUCCUUUGGCUUUGGCUCGCGAAAUUUUGGGCAAAGACGAAUCGCCUUUCUUUGUCCUGAACAGUGAUGUGAUCUGCGACUUCCCAUUUGGGCAAUUGAGAGAUUUCCACUUAUCUCAUGGCGGUGAAGGUACCAUCGCUGUUACAAAAGUUGAUGAUCCUUCCAAAUACGGUGUCGUGGUCAACAGAUCGGGUUCAUCCAUGAUUGAAAGAUUCGUGGAGAAGCCAAAAGAGUUUAUCUCAAACAAGAUCAAUGCUGGUAUGUAUAUCUUGAGCCCCUCUGUCUUGAAUCGCAUUGAGUUGAAGCCUACUUCAAUUGAAAAGGAAGUUUUUCCUUUCAUUGCUCAAGCUGGUCAGCUACAUACCUUUGAUCUUGAAGGAUUCUGGAUGGAUGUUGGUCAACCCAAGGACUUCUUGACCGGCACUUGCCUCUAUUUAUCCCACUUGGCAAAGAAGCAACCUGAAGAUCUUGCUAACCCUACGUUAGGAUACAUUCACAAGGGCAAUGUCAUGGUACAUCCCUCUGCCAAGAUUGGUAAGGAUUGUCGCAUUGGUCCCAACGUGGUUGUCGGCCCUAAUGUAGUGAUUGGUGAUGGUGUCCGUCUUCAGCGCUGUGUCAUCUUGGAAGGUGUUGAAAUCAAAGACUUUGCUUGGGUUAAUUCUAGCAUCAUUGGCUGGCACUCAUCUGUUGGCCGUUGGUCUCGUAUUGAAGGCUGUUCAGUUUUGGGAGACGAUGUAACUGUGAACGAUGAAAUUUAUAUCAACGGGGGCUCCGUUUUGCCUCAUAAGGGUAUUUCUGCCAAUAUCACUGAACCCAAGAUUGUUAUGUAA